AUGUCAGACGUGCUGCAUGCGUGGACCAGCCAUCUGCUUGCGUGGUCACGCCGUAAGCCAGUCAAGGCGGCACUGCUCGACAAGAUCAAGGCUGCCCAGCACUAUGACGAGUGGCUCGAGGCCGCCCAGGCAUUGGACAAUUUGCCUAAUGCAUACCGGUGGCGCAUCAACCCCAUUGACUCGCGCUAUGAUUUCCGCCUGCUGGAGGAGCGCAGGCGCAACCUCUACCUCAAGCGCAGGGACGAUGAUAUACCCGAGUUGACUUCGUACCUACGACACGGGCUAUUCCGUAACAUGUAUGGCAUCACAAAGCUGGCUCUGUAUGACAAGACGUAUGCCAGCACCAAGGAAAACAUCCAUCUGUACGUGGAUGUCACAGUCGACAGUAUCCGCACCAUUGCUACAUCGGCCACGAGUGAGACCACGCGCGACGGAAGACUGAGCGCCCAGGAGCUGAUCGAUAAUGUGCACGACGCCAAGCAAACCUUUGGGCAUUCUGCCCUGAUGCUGCAAGGCGGUUCCAUAUUUGGACUGUGCCAUCUGGGAGUGGUCAAGGCACUGCUGCAGGAAGACUGUCUGCCUCGAGUGAUAGUCGGCACUGCGACAGGAGCCCUCAUGGCAGCACUCGUUGGCAUACAUACCAGAGAGGAGCUGCCAGAACUGCUCUGUGGAGAGAGACUCGAUCUGUCUGCCUUCGCUGCUUCUUCUCUCGAAGCCAAGAGACGCAACGCAGCAGAGCUCGAGCUCCUUGGAAAGGAUGCGCCAGCGGGAAUACUGCCAAAUUGGUUCCACGUCCUGGGCCGGAGAAUUGAAAGACUUGCCAUGGAGGGCUUUAUCUUGGACCCGGAUGUGCUCAAUGAAUGUAUCAAAGCCAACGUGGGAGACAUUACCUUUGCCGAAGCCUACCAACGUACCGGCUGCAUUCUCAAUAUCGUAGUCUCGCCCCCAACGGAAGAUAUUCCCAGCCUGAUGAACCACCUCACUGCGCCAAACGUGCUGGUACGCUCGGCAGCCAUGAUAUCACAUGUCACCAAUAUUGUGUACCAGAAGAGCAGGACGCCUAUUUACCUGCUCUCUAAGGAUUCGGACGGAAAUAUUGAAACCAUCAUGCUCCCUCCGCCCUCCCAUGAGACCGCUCACCCCGCUCAGCGACCUGGCCUUCGUUUAGCCCAUGACCAUCCGACACGCAGGUUGCGACAACAGUUCAACGUAGAACACUUCAUCAUCUGCCAAGCACGUCCCUACCUCGCACCAUUCAUCCAACCGUCCCUGCCCUACGUGCGCGGAGAGGGCCACAGCUGGCUGCCACCCCUGUUCAUGGGGCUUGUAAAGCAUACCCUCCAACUGGCCGAUAUUUUUGGCGUUCUCCCCGCCAACAUCAGCCGCAUUCUCAGCGACGAACAAAUUCAAGGAGACAAAUUCAUUCUCGUGCCGGAGCUGGCGAUUACGGACUGGAGACGCAUGCUCAAGAACCCCUCCAAGGAAGAGGUCGAUUACUGGAUCCUGAAGGGUGAACGAUGUGUCUGGCCCAGUCUGUGCGCGUUGAAGGUGAGAAUGACUGUCGAGAACGCGCUUGCGGAGGCUUGGACGAGCGUCAAGAGGAAGAAAGGAGGGAACUGCGGCGCAGAGACAAACACUGCUGCUGAUGAGCGGAGCUUGAUCGCCCUACCUCCGCAGCCAGUAUACAGGGCCGACCAAUAAGCGCGAAGAGACCUGCGCCCGCAUCGGCUUUACAUAAUAUGGGACAUACACGUACACUGCAUGAAAGG